AUGGUGACAGCUACACGGCUACACGUGCUACCGGUCACGUGCCACGUGCCACAGCUCAGUUGGUCCACGUUGCUGCCCACUUCCACCAUGGCCCGCACAGCGCCAGCGUUGACAGCUCUGCAGCGCCGUGCGGCUGAGCGCAGCUACCCGCCAGUCCCUUUGCAGUGCUGCGUGACGGGCGGCAGCGGCUUUGUGGGGCAAAGAUUGGUCGAGAUGCUGGUGGAGCGUGGUGCCGAACGGGUUGUGUCCUUUGACAUUCUGCCCCAGCCACCAACAGCAUGGCAGGAGAUGAAGCUGGUUUACAUGCAGGGCGAUCUUCGCAGCAUGAAGGAUGUGGCCCAGGCCGUCGCCGGCGCAGACUGUGUUUGGCACGUGGGUGCAGCCGUGGGUCCUUUUCAUCCAAGUUCUUUGUACGAGGACGUAAAUGUGGGUGGUUGCCGCAACGUGGUACAGGCGUGCUUGGAGGCGAAAGUUCCCAAGCUAGUGAUGUCUUCAUCGCCUUCCACGCGUUUCGAUGGCAGCGACAUAGAUGGGCUUACAGAACCCGACUUACCCAAGCUUCCGCAGAAGUCCUACCUGCAGGAGUAUGCAGAGACCAAAGCAAAAGGCGAAUUGGUCAUCACCGGAGCUGCUUGCGAUGCGCUGAUGACGGUGGCAAUCGCACCGCACCAGGUCUAUGGUCCUCGCGACACACUUUACCUGCCCAAUUUCAUGGAAACAGCUGCGACAGGCAAACUUCGCGUUUUUGGCAAUGGACAAAAUCGAGUCUGUUUCACAUAUGUCGACAACUAUUGUCAUGGACUUAUCCUUGGUGAGCGUGCACUCUACAAGGGGAGUCCUGCGCUCGGAAGUUUUUACAUUUGCACUGAUGCGGACACUCAUCCUCACAAGGAGGGCGAUGCUAGUGGCUAUGCCCUGCUAUGGGAGGAAAUGGAUCGCUUUGCUGUUGGGCUGGGCCUCGCCUCGGUCCUGGGGAUGCUCGGCGGUGUCUGCGGCCUGCCGGCUGUGUAUGGCUUUGUGCAGCUUUGUGUGGCUGUCGUGUUGUCGUGUUCUGCAGCGCGCUUGGAGUCGAGAUCGGCCGAUGAGGCCGAUGAGGCCGAUGAAGCCGAUGGAGCCGCUGGAGCCGAUGGAGCCGCUGGAGCCGCUGGAGCCGAUGAGGCCGAUGAGGCCGAGGAGGCCGAUGAGGCCGAUGGAGCCGAUGAGGCCGAUGGAGCCGAUGAGGCCGAUGGCGCCGAUGAGGCCGAUGAGGCCGAUGAGGCCGAUGAGGCCGAUGAGGCCGAUGGAGCCGAUGGAGCCGCUGGAGCCGAUGGAGCCGCUGGAGCCGAUGAGGCCGAGGAGGCCGAUGAGGCCGAUGGAGCCGAUGGAGCCGAUGGAGCCGCUGGAGCCGAUGGAGCCGAUGAGGCCGAUGAGGCCGAGGAGGCCGAUGAGGCCGAUGGAGCCGAUGAGGCCGAUGGAGCCGAUGAGGCCGAUGGCGCCGAUGAGGCCGAUGAGGCCGAUGAGGCCGAUGAGGCCGAUGAGGCCGAUGGAGCCGAUGGAGCCACUGGAGCCGAUGGAGCCGCUGGAGCCGAUGAGGCCGAUGGAGCCGAUGAGGCCGAUGGAGCCGAUGAGGCCGAUGAGGCCGAUGAGGCCGAUGGAGCCGCUGAGGCCGAUGAGGCCGAUGGAGCCGAUGAGGCCGAUGAGGCCGAUGAGGCCGAUGGAGCUGCUGGAGCCGAUGCGGCCGAUGGAGCCGAUGAGGCCGAUGCGGCCGAUGAGGCCGAUGAGGCCGAUGGAGCCGAUGAGGCCGAUGAGGCCGAUGAGGCCGAUGGAGCCGCCGGAGCCGAUGAGGCUGCUGGAGCCGCUGGCGCCGAUGCGGCCGAUGAGGCCGAUGAGGCCGAUGGAGCCGAUGAGGCCGAUGAGGAUGAGGCCGAUGGAGCUGUUGGAAAAGAUCCGGCUGAUGGAGCGAUUGAGGCAGCUGAGCAAGACGACCCAGAAGCGGUCGGCAAAGACGGAGAGAAGGAACAUGACGCCGCGGAUCGCGUCACCACCCAGCCCAGUAACAUGGAGGUCUUGAGUGAAACCACCUGGGCGGAAAAACUGAGUUUGGUGGUGGGAGGCAUUUUGGCGCUGGCACAGGGUGUUUCGACCCCCUUGAUCGCUGUGUUCACGGCAGACAGCAUUGGUUUGUUAACCACUUCGGAUCCAUCCAAUCUGCUGGAGACGAUGACGCCCGUAUUGUGGAAGAUCGGUAUCCUGGCAGUGGCUCAAUUCCUGCUAGCCUGGUGGUGGCAGUGGUGCAUGCAUUGGUCCGCAGCCAAACAGGCCAGCCGAUGGCACAUCAAGUUCAUCAAGCAGUUGAUGACCUUGGAUGUUCCUUGGUACGACGCGAAUGAUUCUGCAGGUUUAGCUGCCCGAUUGCAGGCGGACAUUGGAGCUCUCUAUAUUUUCAUGUCUGCUGGUUUGGGCUUCCUCAUCAGCUGUGCGGGACAGUUUUUCGCGGGCAUCACUUUAGCUUCUGUAAAGAGCUGGCAGCUGUCCUUAGCAGCCUGUGCCGUGACGCCAUUCUUGGUCUUCGCGGGACAUCGCUUGGGGAAGGAGAUCGAGGAACAGUACUCCCAGCAAGCGGAAGACUUCCAACGAGCGUCCACGGUGGCGGAGGAGUCGCUGAUGGCCAUCCGUACCGUGGUGGCCUUCGGUGGCGAAGCCAGCGCCAUGCGGCGCUUCGAGCGGGAGCUCACUAGGGCCAAGAUGGGCGGCAUUCGAUCGGGUGUGAAGAUUGGGAUCGCCUGGGGGGGCUUGAAUUUCGCCUACAACGUGCUCUAUGCUUUGACACUCUGGCUGGGUGGUCACGUGCUGAUGAAGGAGGGCGCGCCCUUGGAGGAGUCCAGAAAUGUGGUGGUGGUGAUGAUCGCACUGAUAGUUGGCGUCUCCGGCAUCAGCAUGUUCAGCGGACAAGCACCUGUCCUGGCUCGGGCCAUCGCAUCUGCCAAGGGGAUGAAGAAGGUGAUCAAUUGCAGGGCACAUGACAUCGAACCUGAAGGUUUUGCGCUGCCGCCUCUGCCGGAGGAACUUCAGGUCAUUGAGAGCGUGGAGUUCAAAUCUGUUUGCUUCAGGCCCGGCCGACAAUUGGUUGGCCCUCGAGGUACCCGAUAA